UCUCUCUCUAUAAGACAUUUGACACCCCAAAAACCAAAAGACAAAGCUUUCUAUGCUGUUCUGUUCUGUUCUCCAAUGUUGUCAUCAGCAAAGCAUAAUAAGAUCAACCAUAGUGCUUUUUCAGUUUCCUCAUCAUCAUCAUCCUCCCAAGGUCAGAACAAGUCUCAAGUCACCAUGGAAGAGGUAUGGAAAGAGAUCAAUCUUGGUUCGCUUCACUACCAUCGCCAAGUAAACAUUGGUCAUGAGCCAAUGUUAAAGAACCAAAACCCUAAUAAUAACUCUAUCUUUCAAGAUUUUCUCAACAUGCCUCUAAAACAACAACCACCACUACCGCCUUCUUCUUCUUCUUCUAUUGUCACUGCUCUCUACGGCUCUCCUCUGCCUAUUCCUCCUCCUGCCACUGUUCUCAGCUUAAACUCCGGCGUUGGCUUUAAGUUUCUUGACAACACAGAUACCCUUGUUGCUUCUAACCCUAAUUCCUUUGAGGGAUCUGCAAGAUUUGGUUGUUUUGGGAAGAAACGAGGCCAAGAUUCUGAUGGAAGCAGAGGAGACAGAAGGCAUAAGCGUAUGAUCAAGAAUAGAGAAUCUGCUGCUCGUUCAAGAGCUAGGAAACAGGCAUAUACAAAUGAGCUGGAGCUUGAAAUUGCUCACCUACAAACAGAGAAUGCAAGACUCGAGAGACAACAUGAGCAGUUGAAAAUGGCAGAAGCAACUCAACACCAAGUGAAGAAAACACUUCAACGGUCUUCGACAGCUCCAUUUUGAGAAAAACCUACAAGUCCUUUGUUUCCCCAUUUUGGGGAAGUCAUAAGUGUUUGUUUCUCAUCAAGAAGUUAAGUGAAAAAAACAGGAAACGUUUUGUACAUUCUAGCUAAGUUAAAGUUGUGGUAAAUUAAUGUAAGCAACGAACUUUCUUCUUUCUUCUUCUUCCUUCCUCCUUUAUCAAGUCUUUCUGACUUUUGUAUUAUUAUUUUUUUUCCUACUUAACCUCUCUAUUAUUGUAAUGUCAAGUCUCUAUCUAAGUUAGUACAUGAG